GACCGCCAUCAUGGUGAAACUCUUUAUAGGCAACCUUCCCCGGGAGGCCACAGAGCAAGAGAUUCGUUCCCUUUUUGAGCAGUACGGACGGGUCCUGGAGUGCGACAUUAUCAAGAACUACGGCUUUGUGCAUAUUGAGGACAAGACAGCUGCUGAGGAUGCCAUCCGCAACCUGCACCACUUCAAGUUGCAUGGGGUCUGCAUCAAUGUGGAGGCCAGUAAGAACAAGAGCAAAGCCUCCACUAAGCUUCAUGUAGGCAACAUUAGUACCUCUUGCACCAAUCUGGAGCUGCGUACCAAGUUUGAGGAGUAUGGCCCCGUGCUUGAGUGCGACAUUGUCAAGGAUUAUGCCUUUGUGCACAUGGAGCGAGCAGAGGAUGCUGUUGAGGCCAUCAGGGGUCUUGACAACACAGAGUUUCAAGGCAAACGAAUGCGCGUGCAGUUGUCCACCAGCCGGCUCAGGACUGCGCCCGGGAUGGGAGACAAGAGUGGCUGCUACCGGUGUGGGAAGGAGGGUCACUGGUCUAAAGAGUGCCCGGUAGAUCGCACGGGGCAAGUGCCCGAGUUGACCGAAACUUAUAGCGAGCAAUACGGAGCAGUGCGCACCCCCUACCCCACGGGCUAUGGGGAGGCCAUGUAUUACGAUGACCCCUAUGGAAUGGUGGACUACUAUAAACGGUACCGCGCGAGGUCCGCCGCGUACGGGGCUUCUGCAUACGACACAUAUGCGGAGCACACCAUGGUCCAGUAUUCCCAGUACGCCCAGUACUCGCAAGCACAAGCCACAGCGGCCGCAGCCAUGGCCAAUCGCCUUUCUACCACCUUAGACCCUUACGACAGGGCCUUGCUGCCUGCCUCGGGAACUGCAGCAGCGGUAGCUGCCGCUGCUGCAGCCGCGUCUUCCUCCUUUUAUACCCGGGAUAGAAGUCCCCUGCGUCGCUCGGCAGCUGCGGCUUCCACCGUUGGAGACGUGUAUGGAUACGAGCGUGUUCAACUGUCUCCCGUCCCGCGAUCCUCCCUCUACGAUGUCCAGCGGUUCGGGCGGGAUGCGUACGCGGAAAGGUUGCGGUACACUGCGUUUUGAUUCUGGAGGUAGGCUAUUUGAGGGCUGGAUGUCGGGUUCCUGUGGUACAUCCGCGGCAAAACAGUACCAGGCUUCACGAUGUGAUGAUUUGUGUUUAGCAUGAUGUCAUUAAUGGACAUUUUGUCUCUCUUUGAAGCUUAGUGA